CAAUGAAGGGGAUGGGGAUGUGGAUGAAGAUUGUGUGUGUGUCUGUGCUUGUGUGUGUGUGUGCUUGUGUGGUGUCACUUUGUCUUAUCAUCUCCACUGCUGAACCUGAACCAGUGACUAGAGAGGACUUCUUAAAGCAUUCCUGUCACUUCACUCUGGAUCCAAACACAGCAUACACACACCUCCAUCUGUCUGAGGGGAACAGGAGGGUGGAGAGGACACGGUUGAUCCAUUCAUAUCCUGAUCAUCCAGACAGAUAUGAUCAUUAUCCUCAGGUGCUGUGUAGAGAGGGUGUGUCUGCACGCUGCUACUGGGAGGUUGAGAGGAGUAAUGGAAUGGUUAAAAUAGCAGUGGCAUAUAAAAGCAUCAGUAGGAAAGGACGGGGUCAUGAGUGUUUGUUUGGAUUGAAUGAUCAGUCCUGGAGUCUGGACCUCUCCAGCUCCAGCUCCUAUUUCCAUCACAAUAAUAAAGUGACUGAACUCCCUCUAGUGACCAGCUCCAGGAUAGGAGUGUAUGUGGAUCACAGGGCAGGAACUCUGGCCUUCUACAGCAUCAGGGGAGACACAAUGACCCUCCUGCACAGAGUCCACACCACAUUCACACACACACUCUACCCUGGGUUUUGGGUAUAUGAUUAUGAAUCAGUGAGGCUGUUGUGA